AGAGCGUGUCGUAGGACUACAUUUCCUUGCCAUUUGUCUGCCUUCAUACUUCUCUCCUCCGAUCUAACGGUAUAGACUCCAGACUACCACAACCAUGCCUUUCAAUACUGCUCUCACGCGCAAGCUGGGCAUCCGAGUACCCGUUGUCCAAGGUGGCAUGCAAUGGGUCGGAUACGCUGAACUCGCAUCGGCCGUGUCCAACGCCGGCGGUCUCGGUAUCCUCACUGCCCUCACACAGCCCACGCCCGACGACCUGCGCAAAGAGAUCCGGAAAUGCAAAACCAUGACCGACAAGCCCUUUGGCGUGAACCUGACCCUCCUCCCCUCGAUCAACCCGCCCGACUACCCCGCCUACGCGCAGGCCAUUAUCGAUGAGGGUAUCCGCAUCGUCGAGACGGCUGGCAACUCGCCGGGCCCCAUCAUCAAGCAGCUGAAGGAAGCCGACCCGCCGUGUGUGAUCCUGCACAAGUGCACCACCAUCCGCCACGCCAUGAGCGCUGUCAAGCUCGGCGUCGACUUCCUGUCCAUUGACGGCUUCGAGUGCGCCGGCCACGUCGGCGAGCACGACAUCACGAACCUGAUCCUCCUCAACCGCGCCCGCCAAGUCAUGCCCGUUCCCUUCAUUGCCUCCGGAGGCUUUGCCGAUGGUCAAGGUCUGGCUGCGGCGCUGAACCUCGGCGCAGUGGGUAUCAACAUGGGCACGCGAUUCAUGUGCACGCUGGAGGCGCCUAUCCACCACAACAUCAAGGAGAGCAUCGUGAAGGCGCAAGAGACAGACACACAGCUAGUGCUGAGGAAAUGGAAGAACACAUCGCGCUUGUUCAAGAACAAGGUCAGCACAGAAGCAUACCAGAUUGAGAACGAUCCCAACACGAAGGAAUUUGCCUCCGUUGGCCCUCUGGUCAGCGGGCAGCGCGGUAGGAAGGUCUUCCAGAACGGAGACCCAGAUUUUGGCGUAUGGACCGCUGGCCAAGUCAUUGGUGUCAUCCACGAUAUCCCAUCUUGCGAGGUUUUGGUGUCAAGGAUAGAGAAGGAGGCGAUUGAGAGCUUGCAACAGGCAUCAAGUCUCAUUGUUGAUAAGCAGCCACCCGCAGAUAUCCGCGGCAAACCCGCGAGUGAGAUCCAGGCUAAGCUAUAGAUGUGCAUAUAGGUUUGACAUAAUGAAGCAAUUUCAUGGCGGUAGCAGCACUCAACUGUCAGCUAUCGAUCGGCAGCGGCGG